CCACCUCUCCCACUCCGUCUCUCUCCUCUUCCACUCUCCUCUUUGAGCUGGAGUGCAUGGCGUCUCAACUCAUUUGUUGAAUGUUCUUUGCACUGGGUGGUUUUAUUUACAUGCACUUUGUUGGAGUGUUUUUGUCGGGACUGUUUGUCACGCAUAGAGAAAUGAUUUAAGGAGAUGCAAGGUAAGCAAAGCUGGCUACGUGAUUGUGAGCUUAGCACAUAGCAGAUCCGAGGAAGAGUGAGGUUGGAGGGUGAACAGGUGGAGCACUGGCAUCAGCAGUUUCAACAGUUCAACCUAUUUACUUCCAAGAGGCCCAGGCGAGUGUCGAGACGCUCGAAUGCAUUUAUCACUGGAUACCAUGAGCAUGGUGGACGACAGCUGCCUCUCACCCAGCAACUUCCACGAAAUGGGGAAAGGUGGGGGCUUCGCUGCAGGAGGCCGCGUCCACAGCAUUGAUGUCAUUCUCGGUUUCAGUAAAGACCAGGACCCCCUGCUCAGUCCUGCUGGGGCCUCAGGACCUCAUAAAGUGGACAUAGAGGGCCUGGCAGAGUCUGGGAAGCAGCAGGAGCCCUCGUCACACCCGUCCUACAGUGGGCACCUCUCGUCUCUGAGAAAUGGCAGCACAGAGCAGCAGCAGCAGUACCAUGAUACUGGCUUAUUCACAAAUAAGUGCGACGAGGAACUCAGUGAGCUGAGGAAGAGCGCCGACAGUGAUGAAGGAAAGUCUCCGGAGCCUUGCAAGGACGAUCAGCCCAAGAAGAAACACAGGCGCAACCGCACCACCUUCACCACCUACCAGCUGCAUGAGCUGGAGCGUGCCUUUGAGAAGUCCCACUACCCAGACGUGUACAGCCGAGAGGAGCUGGCCAUGAAGGUGAACCUCCCUGAAGUCCGAGUUCAGGUCUGGUUCCAGAACCGCAGAGCUAAAUGGCGUCGGCAGGAGAAAAUGGAUGCCAGCACCAUGAAGCUCCAUGACUCUCCCAUGCUGUCUUUCAACCGCCCGGCACCAGUUCACACCAGCAUGGGUCCAAUGACCAACUCCCUCCCUUUGGACCCCUGGCUGACCUCUCCCCUGUCCAGUGCCACACCGGUCCACAGCAUCCCAGGCUUCAUGGGUCCACCUCAAGGCCUCCAGCCCAGCUACCCCAGCCACAGCUUCCUCAACUCCACUCCUCAUCCUCCUCAUCCUCCUCAUCCUCCUCAUCCUCCUCAUCCUCAUCCUCACUCUCAUCCUCAUCCGUCCAUGAGUCAGGGGAUGCAGAGCAUGGCCCCUCCUCCUUACCAGUGUCCAGCACCGUACCCCGAUAAAUACCCUCUGGAGGACGUGGACCAGCGCAGCUCUAGUAUUGCUGCACUGAGAAUGAAAGCAAAGGAACACAUCCAGUCUAUGGACAAGACCUGGCAACCCAUGUGACUAACAAACCUAGCAGUCCAUGUGAGUAACGUCGGGAAAGGGAGAUGCUGAAAUUUUUUUCUUGGGUUUCAAGGUGGCAGACAUUGAGAACAAAUGUUGGAAAAAAUGGCAGUGACUGUUUGUGUCUGUUACCCACGGAUCAAAGGAAAUGGAUUUUGAACUGUGAAGACUGAGGAUUUUUGAACUUUUAGUUUGGACUUUCUUUUUUUCCCCCCUUAUUUUUGUCAUCUCACGGACACGAAGCAGACAAGUGAACUCUGAAUUGUUCAAUUUAACUUGUUCUCCCUCCAAACUGUAGGUGUUAUGCAUUGCUUUGGGUGCUGUCAACUGUCAGGCUCUAAAAAACUAUUUGCAACCCAGGAACUGCUGCACACAACAUUGUUUCCUUAUCGACCACUCUUUAAAACAAACCACAUGCUUCCCUUUAACUGAAUGCAUAGGUCUACCCACAUUCAUGAACAGCUUAUCUGCUGAUAGUGGCAAUAUUGGCAUAUUGGUUUUCCAAGGGGCCAUUGAACCUAUAUGUAAGAAAAGGUCAAAUCCUUUUCUCCAUGUCUAGCGAAUUUUAUUUGUCCCUUGUCACAGCUCAUGUCAGAGGAAAGCAGUUCAUGAACACAUGCUAUAAUUUUAAAAAAUCACCUAAAUGAAGCACUGCUGUAGGUAUUAUAACGUUUCUCAUCAGUUUUUCCUUUAUUUGUGUCAACCAUCAGAUUGGUUGAUUCGGACAGAACAUCACAUUCUGAUGAUCAUUCUUUGCUUUUCCCAUUUUCAUCGGCAAGUUUGUGUUUUUACUAAUUAAUCCAAUUGUCGAAUUUUCAUGGGUCAGCUAAUCAGAGUCUCUGAGUACUUUGUGAAUGGAGCUCCAGUCUCGGUUUAAUGUGAGAGCAGCUUUUUAAAGAAAAUCAAGGCAAUGUCUCCGACUGUGUAAAUGCACGUCUCUCUCACUCAUCUCUUGGUCUCUAACAACUGUGCAACUGGUUUUCAGUUCAUCUCUCCCACUCACGGUUUAUGUUGCUACUUGCCCAGUUUAGAUAUUUGAGCCUGCAGUUAAUAGAUAACCUGUUAUAACUGGAGGAGGAUGACAGCUCAUGGUUUUCAAUUUACAGGGAGAGGAAAUUCUCCCACUUAUGGUGUCACAGAGUGUAAAAUACAUAAUUGUAGUAGAGUCAGAGAUAUGAUGCCACCUUCUAAGUGGGCCAGGGCAGAAUAUACCAAAAAUAAUCCUGCACGAUUAUAAUCCUUUUCUGGUUUGUGCUGAGAUGCUUUAAGGAAGGAAGCAAGGAAGCAAGGAAGGAAGGAAGGAAGGCAGGAAGGCAGGCUGGUGAGUGGAGUAACCCUCUUUUUGCUUGAGUGGCUGUUGGAGGUGAAAACCUGUUGGCAGCUCAGUGUUGGGUGGCUGCGUGUACGUGCAGGGCAGCAGAAAGAGCCCUGUGUGAUGCGUCACCCCACAUAGUUUAGUCUUUGUUCGGCACAAUUGAUCCAAGUGUAUCCUCUUUGUCUGUAACUGAAGGGGGGGAAACGGUCUCAGGCUGCACUAAAUAGGCCCUUGUAACCAUUUUGUCAUGGAAGUUUUUUUUCUCUUUCUCAAUCAAAGGAGGAGAAACAAGGAUUGUAGCUGCUAUGGUCAUUAGUGACACAAUAUUGGUCUUUUACCAUCUGUUACAGAGUUAAGCUCUAAUUGUGUUAAAGGUAGAGAGGAUCAAUUCUAAACAGUUGCCUAUAUUUCUUUUGAGUAGAGCUAAAUUUAUUAGUAUUUGGUGUUGACAUAUUUAGGAUCUACAGCAUCUCACAAAAGUUAUAUGGUAACUUUUCUGUCUUGGUUAUGGAGCAAGAAGGAGAGAAAAUCCUUAAUCUUAAAGUGCAAUUUCAGAAUCUUUUGUAUUUUUUAUAUUUUGUUUUCUAAAAGGAGACCCAUUUUCCCCAAGACUGCCCAUUGUAUGGUUGUGAUAUUUCACUUUAAUGUGAAAAUUGUGCUGACAGCAACUCGUGAAUACAGCUACAUCAGCAGCAAAAACAAUAACAACAAUAUUUAGUAAUUUCUGGUUUGUUGGAAAAUCUAUUGUACCAUUCAGAGAGGGAAAACAUAGUGUUACAUCUGCUGCUCAUGAUCAGUCCUCAUGUAGUUUUUUUUUUUUUUCAGUGUUGUUGGUUAGUGAUGUUUAAACUCCCUGUUGGACAAUGCCAGGACCACAGAGGAAAUGAGGAUUACCUUGCACAUUAAGAGCUUCUUUAGGAUGCUACAUAAAUGUGAUUUUGGACCAAGAAUAAGCCAAAGGUUAGAUAAUGGACAAAACUGCACUAGAUCUUUGCCAGUUUUAAUUUUUUUAUGUGAAAAUGCACAGGAUAUUCUUUCCUGUAUGGCUGUUUUGUUUCUUACAUGUUGUAGUUAUAUCUGUCCUAGUAAUAUCAUUGUUUCCUUUCUUUUUGAUUUUGUCUGGAUCAUUGAUGUCCAUAUUCUGGAAAGAAUGAAGAUCUACUGAAAAUAAAUAUAGUUUGAUAGAA